AUGUCCACUGUGAACUUUUUUCUAUAUACUACAACCACUCAAGAUGCGUAUUAAUUUAUAUAAAAGGUGAAUACUUUAAUAAUUAGUAAAUAAAACUAAAAAGGUGUAAAAAUAAAAAUGAUUUAAAGGACAAAAUAAUUUAAUAAUGUUAAGGAUUUUUUAGAAUCUCCUUUGUCAUCUCAUACUUAUCUUGAGUUAAAUCUUAGUUAGAAUGAAAUUUCAUAGUAAGACUUAAUAAAUCUAAGCUUUGCUUUAUCAAAUUGUGUUGAUCUCAUCUCUUUAAAUUUAAAUCUAGAUAAAAAUAAAAUGAGACAAUAAGAAAUAUCUGUUUUGUGUUAAACAUUAUUCAUCAAAUUUACAAAUCUCACAACUCUAUCGAUUAAUCUAUAACUUAACUAAAUUGGAUCAUAAGGUGCUUAAGAUUUAGCUAAUUCUUUGAUAUAAUGUAGCAGUAGCCUUUAAAAUUUGACUCUUAACCUUUAAUUAAACUAUAUUGGAGUUCAAGGUGUUUUAAGCUUAGGAAAUGCAAUAGAAAAGUGUAGCAAACUAAUAAAUAUAACCCUUGGUCUUUAAGAGAAUUAAAUAGGUGAAGAAGGUGCCAAAAAUUUAGGUUGCUCUUUAGAAAAAUGUUCUUAUCUUUAAAAUUUAGUGCUUAAACUUUAUUUUAAUAAUAUUAGAGAUACAGGUGCUAAAGAUUUAUGUUUUUACAUUGCAAAAAUUACUAAUCUCUCAGCUUUGAAACUCAAUUUAUAUUUUAAUAUGAUUACAGACGAGGGCAUGCAUAGUUUGAUUUCUUGUUUAUAACAAAGCAUUAAUCUCUCCAUAUUAUCUCUUGAUCUCAUUGGUAAUCUGAUUAGAGAAACAUCAGAAAUUAAAUUUAAGAGCAAAAUUAUGAAGAUGAAGAGAUUAGUUAAGAAAGAAACCUUGUUUUGA